UGCUUAAUCGGAAUCGUUAGUCAGUCUCUAACCUUGUGGCGAGAAGGAAGUGACUGUUUGUCGCGCUCCCCAUGUGUUAGUUGGGCUCAAUAGCGGCUUUAGUGUUUUGAAUCUAUUUUUUGUGACUUCUUGGACUAUAUCUUGAGAUGGAACGAUUGCGAGAAGAUAAAACUUAGCUUCAAACACUGAACUUUUUGCUGGGAAAAUAGUGUCAACGCAGUUUUCUGUGAAAAUGGUGAGAAAUUUUAUCAGUUUGAAAUAUUUGGGACUUGUGGUGAUUUUUCUUGUGGCUGGCAGCAACUGUAACAUUACAAGCAGUGAUAACAAUGAACUCGACGUCUGUGAAAUAGAUACUGAGCUGACUUGCAAAAACCUAACGCGGGGUACUAACUGCGGCUGCGUCUCCAAAGGCACCAAGGCAAAAUGUUGUCACUUCAAGCUCAAUCUCGUGGCCGACUAUCUCUACAAUAAUUGCGGCUUCAACGAGCUCACUGCUCUUUACUUCUUCAACUGUUCGUCUCUCUCACAACCUAGCAUCAGCCAACUUGAUCUCAGCCCAAUCUUGAAAAAGUACCCAAAUCUGCAGACACUGGCUUUCACUAACUCGGAUUAUAAUAUGAUAAAGGUUGACCCAAAAGUCGGAAAUAUCUCCAACGUACGCUGCCUGAAUGUUUCCUACAACAGUUUGGACAACAGCACAGACGUGGCCAAUGUGAUUAAUUCAAUUCCGUCUCUCCAAUUGAUUGACGUGUCUAACAACAACCUUUCACAUGCGCCGAACAUCAGUGGCAGGAGCGACUUUUCGUUGCACAUAGCAAACAACGAGUUUCUAAAUUGUGAUGGUAUCAAAGAGCAAAUGCUAGAAAAUAUCAAGUUCGUUCACCCUGACCAAACGCUGUGCCGUAAAUUUGUGACCAUCACCCAAUGGUCCAAAGAAGACACAGUCUCCUUGAAUCUCAGCAGCAUUGCAUCCACUAUUAUGAUACAUAAGCAAUGCCCUCCUAAAUGUUCCUGCAGUGAAAGCAGAAUAGUAACAGAGAAAGGUGAAAACAAUCAAAAUCAAGUUUCAAAUAUUGCCGUCGCAGUGAAUUGUUCCUACCGUCAUCUUACGAAAAUGCCAGAGAGCCUGCCAACGUAUACCACUACGCUCGAUGUAAGCCACAACAAUAUCACUAGUUUGAACUUGAAUGGUCUAAAGCCUGAUUCAAACUACGACAAACUCAACUACAUAAAUGCGAAUUACAACGAAAUCAAAUCUCUGCAGACUUUGGAAGGGUCAGAAUUUCUAAAAGCAUUCGAGUAUUUGAGUUUGAAAGGAAAUCAAAUAUCUAAGAUUCCGCACUUUCUAGAAAAAGCUGUCACGGGGACACCCUCAGGCAAAGGGCAGAUUUUGUUGAGCGAUAACAAGUUUGAAUGCAACUGUGACACGGCGUUGCACAUGAAGCCAAUGUUGGUGGCGCUGGAGAAGCACAUUGUUGAUUUUGAGAAUAUUUAUUGCAGCAAUAUGGAAAUUAAAAUCAUAGAUCUUGUCAAUGAACAAGUUUGCACAAUAAAUGAAAUCAACUACAUAUAUUAUAUAAUAGUAGCUGAAGUUUUGCUUCUACUAUUGCUUGUUGGAAAAGUGUCUUAUGAUUACUGGGUCUUCAAGCAUGUUGGCUACCUUCCUUGGCCCGCGUCAAAAAUGCCGCGGCUUCCUUGUGACUGCGUUCUCGAAAACUGACAAAAAUGUGUUCACACUUAUGUAAAUAGACGAUAAAACUCGGUUCCUACGCUUCACGAAAGACAAAUUUAUGUAUUAUAUGUUGUAACUGUAUUAAAAACUAUAUAAAACUUUGCUCAGUGUAGGCGGUAGAAUGUGAAAUCAGUUACCCUAACGAUUUGUGUAAAAAAGACUGUUCAAGCUCUAUUUUUUGAAGAUGUUUGAUUGUUAAUGUAAUAAAGUGCCUAACUGUUGUGAAACUUUUCAAAGCAGUCAUAUGAAUAUAUUUUAAGAAAAAGAAUCCAGAAAAUUAAAAAAUAUUUUAAAGAAAAACACUUUCCAAUUUGAAUCUAUUGUAAAAAGGUUGUUCUGACUUUGAGUGAUUAGUAAUUUCUAUGUGGGACACUACAUUUGUAGGAAAUUAGUAAUCAUGUGAAAUAAAAUGUUAAAAAAUAGAACCAA